UUUCUUUUUCUUUUUUUUUCCUUUUUGGGUAAAGAAAACAGUUACAAUCUUGGAUUCUUUGAUCUACCCCAUAAAGUUUCAUGCACAAUUAUCAUACACAACUUUUUUGUUUAUAUACCAUAAGCUUUUUGUAGUUAUCUUAAAUCAAAAUACAAGUGAUAUUUUUUUUAAUACAAGCAAUUAGAGGAGACAGGUUGACACAAAUAUUCAUUGGGUGAUUGAGGGUUUCGAGUUUUUGUUUACAUAAGUGGAGGUGAAAGAGCUCAACUAACUGAGUUAUUACCAAAUAGCAUAUAAGCGAUAUUGAAAAAAGCAGGAUUCGAAAACAACUUCGAAUGCAAAGAUAACUGUUCUUAACAAUAUGAACUACAAACUCCUUAAUAAACUCAUAGCCAAGAGCGGAUCUAUAUAUGGGAAAUCCAUUAUAUUGCUCUAUUAGGCAAAGCUACUUGCGAAUCGUUGAAGUACAAAUUUCACCCACCAAGUGUAUAAACAAAAAUAUCUCAACUGCCAUGCCAAUGUUUUUCAUCAUUCAUAAACGUUUGUUGUACCAUCCCCAUUAAAAAAAAUGAAAGAGUAUAGACACAGAAACUAGAGACAAACUGGCCCUCAGCUAAUGGCCGGCCCCAGAAGCCACAAAGUUCACAGUUCCUCUCUUCACUCCCAAACAAGAAAAAAGAGACACACUAUUCAAUUGGGUCGCCUGCCUCCUUUUCUUCCUUCAAUCUAAUAAUUUUUUUAGUGCUUUUUCGGCACUCCACCUCCUUUAUUUCCCUACCCCUUUUUUUAAAAUAAAAAAAAUUGGUCCAAACCCCUUCUCUUUAUAUUCCACAUGUCUCACUUCCUCCCAUCCUCUAAGCCUCUCUCUCCUCUACUUAUAAUCCUCUCAAAUUCUCACUAUCUUCUUAUGCUUAGUAAUUUCUUAUCACAAUCACAGUGCUUGUAGAAAUGGCAACAAUUGCAGCAAUUACAAACAUUUCUGCUGCUGCUGAAGACAGAGUACUGGAUCAAGAUUCAGUCUCUGAGCAACUAGAGGAAGAAGAAGAAGAAGAAGAAGACAAUGUGUCACUAAGUGAUCUUCCAGUGAAUUGGAAGAAACAAGAUCAAACCCAAUAUCCAAACACUAAAUCUGAGCCUACCCAUGCCAACAUUGAAGCCCAAGAUGAAGAAUUUGAUUUUGGUUAUUCAAUGCGCGGCACCUCUUUUUGGGCUGACACCAAAAUGUGUGCUGCCGAUGAGGUGUUCUUCCAAGGCCAAAUUCUCCCUCUCCGCCUCUCAGUCAGCUCCGACGCCGGAUUUGCCGGCUUAACCAGACGGUCUCCGGCGAGCAGCGUCGGGUUCAGAAGCAAUAGCUGCAGAAGCAGAAUCAGUCCCAAUUCAUCAUUUAGCAGCAACAGCAGCUCCACCACCACCACCACCACCACCACCACUACCACAACAGCAACAAGAGGCAUUGCUUCAAGCUCAAAGCAGAGAAGCCCAAGAAGACCCAGAAACCAAUUCUACACAGAGCCCAGUCCAAAACCCCAAAUCAAAAUUCCAAAUCCAAGACUGGAAAAAGCUGGCAGCCGACGCCAUAAUUCUUCGAUGUGGGAUUUUUUCAGGCUGGGUUUGGUCCGUACGCCUGACAUUGAAUUGCAGGACAUUAACAAGGCACUUCGAAGUAAUAGCAGCGCCAAUAAAAGUUCCGUCAGUCGAAAUAGCAGCGUUAGCAGCACCCACAGCACUAAUUUCAUCGCAAAUUACUACAACGCCACUAGCGCCGGCGGUGUUUUGAAGUCCGAGGACACGAAACAGAACAAACAGAGCAAGCAGAGAAAACAGAGGUUUUUUGAUAGCAUUCAUGGCUGCAAGUGCUCGUUCGAAACUGUGGCGUCUGAUAACCUGAUCGUCAAGAGCAAAUCAUCAAGCAGUGGGAGAAGCAGCUCGAGUCACAUCAAUGAAAGCAGAACAGAAACAGAAUACUCGGCUGCGCAUGCAAUGCUGAAAGAAAAAGUAGAGGUGGAGUUGAAGAUGAUGAAGAAUAAUAAGCAGAAGCAGAAGCAAAAGCAAAAGCAAAAGCAGGCCAUGUCGCAUCACAGAACGUAUGAAUGGCUAAAGCAGCUGUCGCAUGCAAAUUCUCCUCCUCCUCUUCCUGUGCAUGUUUAAAGUUGAUGGACCAUGGUGGGGCUUUAGAUUGUAGAAAAAGCUUUCUUCUCAUCAAGAAAGCUAUUUUGAUUUCCCAUGUAACGUUUGUAGCUUUUCUGAUGAGAACUUUGACUUUGGUAGAACAAUCAUAGGCUCUCUCGCAUGCCUGCAAAUUUGCUUUAUUUCACUAUCAUUUUGUUUUAGCCUUUUUUUUGGGUUUGCUUUAAUUUGAAAUAAUAUUACAUUAGCAUGCAAUGCAAGUUUGUAGUUUGGCCAUGGAUGGAA